GAUGAUCCACACAAGGAAUCAGCUGAGGAACUGGAGGAAGAUGUACAGGAGGAAUCAGCUGAGGAACUGGAGGAAGAUCCAGAGGAGGAAUCAGCUGAGGAACUGGAGGAAGAUCAAGAGGAAGAAUCAGCUGAGGAACUGGAGGAAGAUGUACAGGAGGAAUCAGCCAAGGAACUGGAGGAAGAUCCAGAGGAGGAAUCAGUUGAAGAAGUAGAGGAAGAUGUACAGGAGGAAUCAGCCAAGGAACUGGAGGAAGAUCCUGAGGAGGAAUCAGUUGAAGAAGUAGAGGAAGAUGUACAGGAGGAAUCAGCCGAGGAACUGGAGGAAGAUCCCGAGGAGGAAUCAGCUGAGGAACUGGAAAAAGAUCCAGAGGAGGAAUCAACUGAGGAACUAGAGGAAGAUCCUGAAGAGGAUCUAGUAGUAAACAUCAAGUGGGAGGGUGCAUCAUGUAAUGAAGUUCCAUUAUUAUCCCAGGCAUCGUAUCAAUCACCGAAGAAAUGCAAGCAGGAGGGAAUGCAAAGCCAAAAUUUAGAACCAGAAGCUUCUCGACUGGAACUCAGUAGUGACAAGUCAAUUUCUGUGGCAACUACCGAUAAAGUUGGUUCCAAAGAAGAAGUUUCAGGAAGGUCGGCAAAACAAAGGCGUAGUAGAUGGGAACCACAACCUCGUGGAGAUGGAACGAAUGAUGAUCUGACUUGCAAAAGGAGGAAAACCAGGUGGUCUAGUGAAGAAACUCAAAUGAAAAUGCUGGGUCCACUUCAGCUUCCUAACUUAAAUAUCAUAUCUAAGUUGAUGACAUUAAACCCAGAUUUUAACCCUCCUCCUGAAUACAAGCCCCCAAAGCUCUUCAAAAAGCUUUACAUACCAGUGAAAGAAUAUCCAGAGUACAAUUUCAUUGGACUUAUUAUUGGUCCUCGUGGAAACACACAGAAGAAGAUGGAAAAAGAAUCUGGGGCUACAAUUCUUCUAAGAGGUAAAGGCUCCUCAAAAGCAACUAGCAAAUGUGACUCUGAGGAAGAAGAUUUACAUGUUUUAAUAGAAGCUGACAACCAAAAAUCACUGGAUGCAGCAGUUGGCAUGGUUGAAAAACUGCUAAUUCCAGUUGAAGAAGGACAAAAUGAGCACAAGCGAGAACAGUUAAAGGAGCUGGCUCAACUGAAAGCAACACGGAGAGAUGAAAAUGUGUGCAGUGUGUGUGGUGAUAAGGGACACAGACAUUAUGCAUGCCCUAACCUUAGUUCAACUUUUAAUUUCGAUUUAUUUGACACUGGUUGUAGCAGCAGCAUUUCAAUCCCAACUUAUCCUGCUACUGCAUUGUUUCCACCAAACAGUAACUUUCCAUGCGGAUCUGGAACUAGUCUUAAUUCAGUGCAGAAUAGACAAAUAAGGCCUGGAAAGGAAAUAAACGACAAAAACCUUUAUGUUGGUUAUUUGCCGCCAUCAAUUGACAAUAAUAGAUUGACUGAGCUGUUCUCCCCAUUUGGUAAGAUCACUGAAGCUGAUGUUAUUAAGGAUCGAACCACUGGCAUCAGUAAAGGUUAUGGCUUUGUCAAAUUUGAAGAUUCCCAGGAUGCAGCUUUAGCUAUAACGCAUCUAAAUGGUUUCAGAAUUGAUGGAAAGUUUUUGAAAGUGAGGAUAGCCGGACUGCAGGCAAAUAAUGAAACCCCAAGUCUAAACCCUAUUCCUCAGAUACCAUUGCCUGCAACUGUCUCCACAAAUGUCAUUCACCAAACGAAUCUUUCUGAUCCAUUACAUUUCAUGCUGCCAGAAUACCAAUCUUCAUUUCAUGACAGCAGUAGCACAAAUAUGUUUUCAUGUAAUAUCAACUCAGAGGAUGGUGAUCCUCUGAAGGUAAAUGCUUUGCCCUUUACUCCUCCAAGAAACACUUUGAUCACUCCCCAUCCAGGUUAUUCUGGCAACUUUUCAGAUCAAAGUUUGUUCUCAUCAAAAGAUUCAACCGAACAUUUUCCUGGUGAUCCAGGCAAUCUUGGUAAUUUCAGUCCUUUCUUAUGAUACCAACAUUUAAAAGAGCUACAGUUUCCAAUACUUAUCAACAUUAAUCUUAUUCCUUCAUUGCACAACAUGGACUCACUUGAAAGGGUGUACAGAUAUGCAUGAGUUUGUUGUUCUCUAGUUACCUUUUGUAAUUAGAAAUUCUAUUUUCUAUUCAGCAACCCUUUGAAGUGUUGAAUUGAUAAGGCUAUUAAAUAAAAAUGUUAGUAGGUAAA